CCUAAAGCGCUGCUCCUGCAGCACAGCGGGUCAUUUGAGGACGACUGUUGCCGACGAUGGCAGCGAUCACAGCAACAAUGAAGCGCAAAGUCGCUGCUUUGAUUGCAGCAGUUUGCGUUGACCUGUUCUUGUUUUACGCGUCCGGAUCUGCGGCCGCUCUCAGCGUCUUUGGGCAGUUUCCGCGUCUCUGGCUCUCUGCGGCGCUCCGCUGGUUGGCUCUUAUUACUGUAGCUCUGAUCACACUCGGAGACCCCACACCGCUGCUGAUUCGGUUUAUAACGGCGCACAGUCUGCUCCCCGCGGUGUUUGAGACCGGGACCAGCGCGCUCUAUAACGAGGAGAGUCAGUGCGGGCAGCUGGGGGAUGUGCGCUGCUGGCUCAUGUUCACCGGAGCGGCGCUCGCUGCUGCGCUGUUUUGGGAGAUCACCAUCCCGGACACCGACGAAGAGGCCGUCGGUAAACAGAAGCAAAAGGCGAGGGUGCUGUUCAUGAGAGUCCUCCGCCUGUACAGACCCGACUAUCCCCUGCUGCUCGGAGGACUCGUGUUCCUGUCGCUGGCUGUAAUCUGUGAGAUGUUCAUCCCCUUCUACACCGGCAGAGUCAUUGACAUCCUUGGCAGUAAUUACCAGCAGAAUGACUUCCUGUCUGCUCUCAUCUUCAUGGGCCUUUAUUCUCUGGGAAGUUCUGUCAGUGCCGGCUGCAGGGGGGGUCUCCUCACUUGUGCCAUACACUCCUACACGUGCAGAAUCAAAGUUAUGCUGUUUGGGGCUUUGAACAAACAGGAAAUUGGAUUCUUUGAGAGCACAAAAGCAGGUGAAAUCACAUCCAGACUGUCUAAAGACACCACCCUGAUGGGAAGAACAGUGUGUCUGAAUGUAAAUGUGCUGCUGAGGACUUUCAUCAAGACGAUGGGGAUGAUCUCUCUAAUGCUGAGCCUCUCAUGGAAGCUCACAUUCCUCGUACUGAUGGAGACCCCCAUCACCGGCAUCAUACAGAACAUCUAUGACACUCGCUACCAGAGGUUGUCCCUGGCGACGCAGGACUCGAUGGCUUCAGCAAAUGAAGCUGCAAACGAGACUGUGUCUGGUAUUCGUGUGGUACGAAGCUUUAACACAGAAAAACAUGAAACUCGUCGCUAUGGCGACCGCUUGAUGGACACACACAACCUCAAGACUCAACAGUCCACCGUCAGGGCUGUUUACCUGCUCGCACGGAGGCUGACAGGGUUGGCCAUGCAGGUCUUUGUGUUAUACUAUGGUCGGCUUUUCAUCCAGAGGGGGCAGAUGACCACGGGCCACCUGGUGUCCUUCAUCCUAUACCAGUCGGAUCUUGGAGACAACAUCAGGACUCUCACCUACAUCUUUGGUGACAUGCUGAACUCGGUGGGGGCUGCUGGGAAAGUCUUUGAGUACCUGGACCGGAAACCUUCGGUCAGCACAGAUGGAAAACUCCAACCUGCUCAGCUGAGAGGACACAUCAGCUUCAGGAGUCUCACCUUUUCCUAUCCUGCCAACCCCAACAAAACAGUGCUGCAGGACUUCUCCUUGGAGCUGAAGCCUGGUCAGAUGACAGCUCUUGUUGGUCCAUCUGGAGAAGGAAAAAGCACCUGUGUGAGUCUGCUGGAGCGAUUCUACGAACCUCAGGAUGGAGAAAUCCUGCUGGACAGCAAACCGCUGAAAUCCUACGACCACCGUUUCCUCCACCAGAAGAUCUCUGUGGUGAACCAGGAGCCCGUGCUCUUCUCUGGCUCUAUCAGACAGAACAUUGAAUACGGGCUUACAGGCUGCUCAUUGGACCAAAUCCAGGAAGCAGCGAUGAAGGCCAACGCCCACGACUUCAUUGUGCAGCUGGAAAAAGGCUAUGACACAGAGGUGGGUGAAGGUGGAGGUCAGUUAUCUAAGAGUGAGAGGCAGCGGAUCGCCAUCGCUCGAGCUCUCGUCAGACGGCCACAGGUCCUCAUCCUGGAUGAAAUCACCAGCUCGCUGGAUACUGACAGUGAGAAUAAGAUUCAGCAGUCCCUCUCUACGAUCCCGGACCAGACCCUGCUGGUGGUCGCUCACAGGCUGAAGACCAUCGAGAACGCCGAUCAGAUUGUUGUUGUGAGCGGCGGCAAAGUCAGAGAGCGAGGGACUCACCGGGAGCUGAUGGAGAUGAAGGAGAGCUACCACAAGCUGAGAGAGGAGCUCUUCACUGAGGGUUAACCCUGACCCCCCCGACCCCUGUAACCCCUAACCCCUAACCUUAACCCUAACCCACGUUAACUGCUGGGUCUUUGCUGCAGCUCGAUGUUCUCAGAGUUCUGCUGUAUUAAAGUGAGAGAACGAGCUGGAGUUUAUGUAAAUACUCAAUAACUGCUGGUUUAUAUAUAUAUAUAUAUAUAUAUAUAUAUAUAUAUAUAUAUAUACAGAUAUACUGGUAAUAAACUGUUGAUUAAACUAUAAGAGUGAUUUUUUUUCUUAGACAUUUAUCUCCAUGAUAUUUUCUUGUUCCUGGUUUUUGAUAAAGGUGACACUGAUGAUACCAUAAACCUCAGAGAGGUCAAAGGUUACUUUAUUCCACAAAUAAAG